UGCCCGCACGCGCCCGCACGCGCCUACACCAAAGCAAUUGCAUGUUCACCCAUAUGAGGCCGACUUUGGGAUUGUUGGUGGGACAAACAUGCCAACAAAUGACAGCAGCAAAAUUUCCCUUGGAUCAGGAUUUCUAAAGCAAACCCGACAAUUCCAAAACGUAUCACGCCAUCUCUACUGUGAGCUUUGACACUACGCACUUCGUCGUGCGUACAGUUGAGCAUAUCAAUCUCGAGUCACACUUACUCUAACUCUUCAGCAAUGGGGGGCCGGCUUUCCAUGCCCAAAGCUGCCGAUGGCUUGAGUGAAGUCCCCAAAUCCGCACCUGGCAAUGCAUCAGCACGUUUUUCAAGGAAUCGUGGUAUCAUCAAUGGCCGUACGGUCAUGGCACCGCUAGCUGCCUUUACCAUGGCCGGACUGCUGUUCGUUUACGCUCGAACGUCAAUACGUGCCGCCAAGCUCAAUGCACAAAAGCACCGAGAGGCAGAUGGUGGACAGAUCAGUUGGCACAAAGAGAGCUUGAGGCGGCACGGGCAAAUUGAGAGGCUAGAUGAUGAUAGGGGAGCGUUUGGAGAGGCGCUAUUGGGAGACAUGCGUAGGAAGAAACAGCGCAAGGCCGAGGAGAAUCAAAAGGUGUCGGCCGAGAGAUCGGAGAAUGACGCGGAGUUGAGGAAGAUCAUAGGCAAGAAAGAUUGAUGUAGCCAAGAAGAGGUCCAGCUGGCGAUGGCAGCUAUGUCAGACGUCUCUGCCGGAGGAACUUGGCUGAGCUGAUAUAUGGAAAAUCACGAGGGUUGAGGAUGGCGCCUAUGUGUACAAGACUGUUCAAGGCAUGACCAAAAUUUCAGUAUUGUUUGAAGUAAGAUAUAAUAUCUCGAAUGUGACAUGGUAUCGGAAAGGAGCAUGGCUACGGAUGCCGAUGAGCUUAAUCCAACC